UCCACCUAAAUGAAAGAGACAUUGAUUUUAGGGUUCUUGAGAGUGUUUUAUUUUGAUGGAGGAGGCAACCUCGUCCUCCUCGUCGCCUCUGCCGGACAAUGCCGCGCGGAAGCUGCGGCUUUUCGACGAGAAGAUGCGCCGCCAGUGCUGGCAGAAGGCGGAGGUGGUUCCCGGGCGGCAUCCGGAGCGAUGGCGCAAGGAUGGAGCUGGAAAUGUGGUGUGCCGCAAGUUCAUUGGAUGCGAGGGCUGUAUGUGCUACGAGUUUGAUCACAUUCGCCCCUUCUCCAAAGGAGGAGAGACCGAUGUGAGCAACUGCCAGAUUUUGCAGUCGCGUGUCAAUCGCUUGAAGAGCAACAAAGACGCUGACGAACAUCUACUCCAGCAGUACUCUUGUGAUCUCAAGUUCACAGCGCGAGAGCUGGACCUGGUGGAGAUGGCGGUGUAUGGAAACGUGAUACGUCCCGGGCUCCAGUGCCGGUGUAAGAGUGUGUCCGAGACGCUUGGAAAUGGUGUCCAUAAAUCCAAAGGCCACGAACCGGCAUGCGAGCUUCCAUACAAGGCCCACGGCGCCGGCCCUUGACUUCGAGCAGACAGGUUUGUUUGUUUGUUUGUUUACACUGCUUGCUGGUCUCGCGAACUUCGUGUUUUUUAUCUGUUCUUCUUAUUUCAUUCUUUUCGUUCUCU